CCGAGCCCGAGCCGGGUGUGGGGACGACGCCCCGGGACGGGGAGCCAGGGCGGGGCGGGGCGCGGCAGGUCUCCCGGCAGGUGUCCCCGCCCGCGCGGUCCCCAUCGGGGCGCCGUCAUACCUCGGCUGUCGUAGCUCGGGGUUCAGGCCCGCCAGCAGGACCCCGUCCCCGCCCAGACCUGGGGUCCCCUAAGCUGGACCAGGCGGGACCGGACCCCCAAGUGUUAGUGGAGGCCCAAGACCCUCCGGCCCUCUGCUUCUGGCGGAUCCCCACGUGGUCCCCUUGCUGGCCUGUGCUCCGCGGUCUUAAGCAGGAAACACGUGCUCAGUGAACACGUGACUCGGUGAAUGCCUGGAUGGAUGUGGGCCCCAGGUAUCCCUUGUACCAGCUGGGCGGCCCCCAGCUCCGUGUGUUCCGAACUAACUUCUUCAUUCAGCUGGUACGGCCUGGCACAGCCCAGCCUGAGGACACUGUGCAGUUCCGGAUCCCUAUGGAGAUGACCAGAGUGGACCUCAGGAAUUACCUUGAACGUAUUUACAAUGUGCCUGUGGCUGCCGUAAGGACGCGGGUGCAGCACGGCUCCAACAGAAAAAGGGACCACAGGAACGUGAGGGUCAAGAAGCCAGACUACAAGGUGGCCUACGUGCAGCUGGCCCACGGGCAGACCUUCACAUUCCCAGAUCUGUUUCCUGAGAGAGAGCAGAGCCCAGUGGGCCCUGCAGAGGACGGACAGAGCAAGAUCCAGGAGGCUGAGAUGCAGAGGCAGAGCACCGACCCCCGGCGUGGUGGCGUUCCCUCUUGGUUCAGCCUGUGACCCAUCAGGGUUGGACUCAGAGCCCAAAUAAAAGUCUUGCUGCGUGGAGAAAGAACUGGACUCUUGGUUUCCUUCUGUCCUGGGGUCUCCGGGUCUCAGACCUGGGCGCCUGCAGUGACAGCCUAGCUGUGCUAUGCAAGGCCCUCACCACGGAUGAUGCGGGAGGCUCCUCUGGGAACCAAGGGCUUGGGAACCUGAAAACUGGGUUGGCACCCCCACAGGAGAUAGGCAGCCUCACCUCAUGCAGUGUGGGGGCUUUUCUUUAGAGGGGAGAGGGACACCACUGCAAAGCAUCUGGAAUGCCAUGUGAGUGCCCACACCUGAAGCACUGCCCUGGGGCACAGCCAUCAUCAAGGGGGACCAGGGAGGGAGCCCCCUGUCCAGACAGGCUUUAGUUUGCACAUUGACAAGAGGGACUGGAUGGCCAUGUCUAGCAGGGGACCCUGAGGGAAGAAAGGCUGUUGACCCAGAGAAGCUUUGGAGCUAGGCUGGGACCUGGAGAUAGGGAAGCAAGUCUGUAGGCGCCAGGGCACAAGGUGCCGUAGCACUGCCUCAAAACUGCGGCUUCGUGGGUCUCAGACCUGUGAGGAUGCACGAGCUGGGAGAGGAAAGGUUGGUGUGAGCGUCCUGGUGGUGCAGCCGCUGGCCCCUGUGAUCCCAGGACUUGGUUUUCAGCCUUGUGUUGUCUGCUAGGGAAGUCAGGGUGCACAGCCUGCAGCCUUGCACUGGCUCUGGGCCCUGACUCACUCAGCAGGAGCAGGUCAGGGUCCCACAGUGUCCUGUUGCUAGGCUUACCCAUUGAAGGCUGGACCCUAACCUCAUUCCUAUGAGGCCAGACUGGCCGGCACAACAGCCUUCAGACCACUGAACUGGAGUGGGACCUGGCUUUUGUAUCUUACUUUGCACUUUCCCAGUGAGCUGAGAGGGUUUCCAGACUCCAGCCCAAUGUCUGAUGGGCCUUGUUUCCAGAAAAAGGCAUUGUCCAGACAGACCCUGGGGCUGUUCCCGAUGCCCUUUCCUCGGCCUUGGCCCUAUAAGGGGCCCCGCGGGCAGCCUCACAGCAGGUCCCAGAGGCUCUUGGACUCUUCUGUUAUUUUUUUACCUUUUGUUGGUUUUAGUACUUCUCCCAGAAAACACAGAGGCUCAGAGAGGACCAUGUCUCCAUGUGUGGACUUUCGAAGUUUAAAGUCCACUGAAGACGGGGUCUCCAGUGCUUUGGAAAUGGGAGCGGUCGAUGUCCAGUUAUCCUCCCAUCCCUGUCCUGACCUCACUGUAGCAGACUUUUAGUGUGGGUGGAGAGCCCCUGUGUGCACAGAGCCUCCACAUACACCAUGGCUGUGAGACUCGUGCCAAUGCCUGGGUACUCACUGUUUCAGAGGGAGAAAUGGCCUGGCCACCACAGCCAGGACCGGGAGGCAGGGACAGGACAGCACCCAGCUUGGGCCCAACAGGUAGGGCUGCCUGCCUCCCCAGUGGGCAUCUUGUCUACCUCUGAGUGGACCCCAGGUGGAGGCCCCAGCCCUAUCCUCUGUGCACAGGAGCCACCUUGGCACCCUGCCACCGUAAGAGCAUGUAUUUGGUGCUAAAAUGGCCAGCUCAGUCUGCAGAGCAGAAAUGGACCCCAAAUAUGUGCGGGGUGGAGGCCUGCCAGAGGCUACCACACCUGAGUUUCAGUUCAGUGGUUUGCCACUGGCCUGCAUGAGGAAGUGGUGCAAGGGCUCCAGGUAGAGGCUGAGCUCAGGAGGUCAUGGAUUGACACCUGGAGGAAGGAGGUAGACAGACAGUAGGGGCGGGAGCAGCCAGGCCACUGUGGCCAGGAACUGUGGUUGAUGAGGUCCAGUGUGUAACAGGAUAGCCAAGAACUGAGGGAGAAGGGGUCAAGCAGGAGGAGACCUGGGGGACUAGGAGGGAGAUGGAGAUGGGGAUGUCCUGAGACCAGUGCACAGAGGCAGCUCCAAUCAGCAUUUCAUGCUCCCAUGAACACAUACACGAGUGUCUGCAUUUGUGUGUGUUUGAGUUUGUGUCUGUGUGUCUGUAUCUGCGUGUCCUGAGUUGAGUAUAUAUGUGUGUUUGUCAGUGUUUGAGUGUCUGUGUGUUUGGGUACAUGUACCUGAGUGGGUAUCUAUAUUUAGGUAUGAGUGUGUAUCUGCAUCAAUUGCCUGCAUUUGAGAAUGUUUCUGUGAGUGUGUGUAUUAUCUGUGUGUGUUAGAGUGUGUCUGUAUGUGCAAGUAGGUGUGAAUGUGUGUCUAAACAUGUCACUGUCUCAUGUCUGUGUGUCUGUACUUGAUUAUAUAUCAGUUGUGCCCAGGUAUGUGUGAUGUGAAGUGUGUGUGUGAGUGUCUCUGUGUG